ACAAGAACGUGGCGUUAUUCCUUUUUUUAUUAAAUUUAAUAAAAAAAAAAAUCAGCAAUCACAAAAUAAAAUAAAAAAAAAAUAAUAAAAUACAAAUAAAAGAAAUUUUUAAAUAUUAUUUUAAAAAUACGAAAAAAUAAAAAGGAAAGUCGAGAAAUACGAGAAAAAAACGAAGAGUUCGAUAUUAUUCGUAAAAGGGAAAUUCCAUCAUGUAUACGUGACAAGAUUAAAAUAAUUCUAACUCUUGUAUCAAAAUACGACAUUAUAUAUACAACAAAAAGAUAUAUAUAAAAAAGGAAAAUAAAAAAUAUAAAAAAGAAUAUAAGGCAAAAAAUUGUGUACAACAUUCUCAAAAUAUUUGCAUCGAUAAACUGACAGUGAAUCAAAAGUUUUUUCGAGGACAUUUUUCAAGACAAGAGUUAGAUAAAAAAAAGUGAUUUUUUUGUACUUGAAAAAAAAUUAAAAAAAUAAAAAGCGGAUAGAAAAAAAAAUCAAUUGGCAAAAAAAAUAAUACAAAGUAACGCAACAAAGAAAGUGAAAUAAAAGCGAUUUUUUUAAUUGUUUUUGGCGAUUCAAUUGCAAAGCAGGAGAAAUUCGAGCGAAAGUCGGAGCGUUGUGAUAUGAUCGUUGUUGAAUUUUUGUAGAAGAUAGGAAAACUGAGCCCAAAUUUGGAGCCCUACCCCGCCAGCGUGGAAGGGCUAAAUAGCCCGAGAGCGGUGGGGAUGGCCGCCACUGCAUACAUGACGAGCGCUGCCGACUUAGAUAUGGGUUUAGGCGGCGGAUAUCACACGUCGUCGCCUCGCAGUGCAGCGGAUGCAAACGAAAUGAAGUACAUGCAUCACCAUCAAAAUCACCAUAAUGUGCCCUCCCCGAGUCCUCAUCCAGCCAGUUUAAGUUCCGUGACAGGAGGCUUAGGUAGCGUAAGCGGCAAUCCAUGGGCUGCACUUCAAACAUCCGAUCCAUGGGCAUUGCAUCAUACGCAUCAUCAUCCGGUCGAUGUUAAGCAAGAAAUGCAUUUAUCCGCUCAACAAGCUCGUACGCAACAAGGAAUGGCCUCACCUCAUGCCUGGCAUGCUCCUGUUCAUGCGACACAUUAUACGCCAACGGGCGGUUCUCCGCUCCAAUAUCAUCACGCAAUGAACGGCAUGUUGCAUCAUCCAUCGCAUCCAGCUCAUCAUCAGACAUCGGCGCCCUUACAUCAUGCAUUACGAGGCGAAUCGCCGCAAUUGCACAUUCAUCCGCACCAUUUGCAGGGCGAUCGUGACGUGAGUGCUGGCGAAGAAGAUACCCCUACAUCCGACGACUUGGAAGCUUUCGCGAAACAAUUCAAACAACGACGCAUUAAAUUAGGUUUUACACAAGCCGAUGUCGGUCUGGCACUUGGUACAUUAUACGGCAAUGUGUUCUCGCAAACGACAAUUUGCCGUUUCGAGGCGCUGCAACUAAGUUUUAAGAAUAUGUGCAAAUUGAAACCAUUGUUACAAAAAUGGCUCGAAGAAGCCGAUUCAACCACAGGGUCCCCAACAAGCAUCGACAAAAUUGCCGCUCAAGGUAGAAAACGAAAAAAGCGUACAAGCAUCGAAGUUUCCGUGAAAGGAGCUCUCGAACAGCAUUUCCAUAAGCAACCGAAACCAUCAGCGCAGGAAAUUACAUCGUUAGCGGAUUCGCUGCAGCUCGAAAAAGAAGUUGUGCGAGUAUGGUUCUGUAAUCGACGACAGAAGGAAAAACGAAUGACGCCGCCCAACACAAUGGGCGAUGGCAUGAUGGAUGGCAUGCCGCCAGGGCAUAUGGGACAUCCAGGACACGGAUAUCAUCCGCAUCACGAUAUGCACGGAAGCCCGAUGGGAGCACAUAGUCAUAGUCAUAGUCCCCCAAUGCUCAGUCCCCAAAGUAUGCAAGGCGGAGGGACGCAUCAGCUAACGGCUCACUAGCAAUCAGAGCACCAGGAGUCCACGAACUUCUUGAAUCAUCACCCGUCUAGUAGUAAUACCAACAACAACAAUAAUAAUAACAACAACAACAACCAGAACAACAGUAAUCAAACGCCAACGUCUUCGUCGUCAUCCGCAUCUGCGGUAAGUGCGGCACAGGCAGCAGCUCAAAUGUACAUAGAUCCUCGACAUCCAAUUCAUCAACAACAACAACUACAUGCUAGACGAAUUUUUCAAGAGUGGAGUUUGCAGUUUGGCCCUCAAGCCAGCACUGCACCUGGUGCGCGAUAUUUGAAUUAAGAACCAUACAGAGUGUGGCGAAAAUUCUUCACUUAA